AAUGGCAGCAUGCAAAAGUUGUAACAAACACUUUCAUGGAAAGGAAAAGCAAAUGAAAUGUGUACUAUGCAAAUACAUAUUCCAUGUCAAAUGUAUUGAAGGAAAAUAUUGCACUCAAUGCAAAGAAAUAAACAAUAAAGAAGUUAUUAUACAACUGAAUAGAUGCAAAUUCAAAAAAACUCAGCAGAAUGAAUUGAAUGAAAGUAGUGCUAUGCAAAUGAUAAUGCCACCAUCACAAAUUGCACCUCAAGAGGAAGACAUUAAUGACAAAUUUACUUCUCCAAAACCAUCUGAUAUUAAUUUUUCCUUUCAUUUUGGAGUUUAUCAAGAGCACAGGAUAGCAGAUGAAAUUGUUGAUGAUGAAUAA